GUGCCUGACAGACCGCGCGAGAUUACCGGCUUCUCCACUACUGUCACAUCGCUGUAAAAACUGACAUUCAUCAAUUAACGAAAAGCUGACAACUGCAUUGCUAAACAGGGGGGGUGGAAGUUUUUUUUUUAAAUAAACAACCAAGCAAAAGCUUGCAAAAAGAUCCGUUUUAGCAUCUCCCCCCCCCCGCCAUCUUCCUCUCCAGCGCUCCGGCUUCAACGACAAUGGCGGACCCUAAAUAUGCCAACCUAGCAGGCAUUGCAACCAACGAACCUGACAUCUAUGAGACAAGCGAACUGCCUGAGGAUGACCAAGCGCAGUUUGAGUCGGAGCUGCUCAGUUGGAAUUUAGACUUGAGAAGAUUAACGACGAACCUGCUCCAUAAGGAAGAGCUGUGCAGUGAAAGUGUGGAGCGGAUAGUUGUCAAUCCCAAUGCUGCUUACGACAAAUUUAAGGACAAGAGAGUCAGCACCAAGGGGCUUGACUUUUCAGAUCGCAUCGGCACGUCGAGAAGAGUUGGCUACGAGUCUGGAGAGUAUGAAAUCCUCGCGGAGGGCUGUGGCGUGAAGGAGACCCCGCAGCAGAAAUACCAGCGGCUGCUCAAUGAGAUUCAGGAGCUGACAGAAGAGGUGGAGCAGAUCAAGACGACCACCAAGGAGUCCUCCACUGAGGAGAAGCUGACCCCGGUGUCUCUCGCCAAGCACGCUGCCUUUCUGAAGCAGCAGCUGGUCUCCUCGCACCUGGAGAAGGUGCUGGGGCCCGACGCAGCCAUCAACCUCACCGACCCGGAUGGGGCUCUGGCAAAACGCCUGCUCACCCAACUGGAAGCUGCAAAGAGCCAUAAGGGGAAGCCGAUGGAGGGGAAGGGACCAGCCAAGAGUACCGCAGACACGGUGAUCUACGAACUGCGGAGCCGGCUGGAGCAAGACAAAUUCUCUGAGACCGCCAAGAUCGCGGAGCUGGAGAAGAGACUAGCCGAUCUGGAGACCGCAGUGGGCACCGGACCUCAGCGACUGACCCCUCUUACCACUGCUGUCCAGGGUUCCAGUCUUGUGAACACCAUUGAAGUGCUUCAAGCCAAAGUGAACGCCCUGGACGCUGCAACACUGGAUCAGGUAGAAGCCAGGCUUCAGAGUGUCCUUGGAAAGAUGAAUGAAAUUGCCAAGCAUAAGGGAGCCAUUGAAGAUGCAGAGACGCAGAACAAGGUCUCCCAGCUGUACGAAGUCAUUCAGAAGUGGGAUUCCAUGGCCACCACCUUGCCUCAGACUGUGCAGAGGCUAGUCGCAGUGAAGGAGCUCCACGAACAAGCCAUGCAGUUUGGACAGCUGCUGACCCAUCUAGACACAACCCAGAAGAUGAUUAAGAACUCCCUGAAGGACAACUCGACUCUCCUCACACAGGUGCAGCAGACUAUGAAAGAAAACUUGAAGUCUGUAGAAGACAACUUCGGAGCCUUGGACACCAGAAUGAAGAAACUCUGCAAAUAAAAACGAACCUUUUGAAAAGUUUGCGAAAAAAAUAAAACGAGAGACCAAAAAACUAAAGGGAGAUGCCGGCACACUGGUCCCAAACCCCUCUUAUUGGCGCUUUUAAAGAAAUGAAUAAUAGAGUACAAUAUAUUCUACACUAAUAUGCCUUUUUAUUUCAAACAAAUACAUGAAGUAAAUGCAAUUCUGUUCUGCUAAUUUCGUAACGCAAAGACGAAGCUGAUGUUGUUUUCUGAGCUUGAAAUGGUCUGCUAGUCGGAGCUGGAAAUCUCAAUGUAAUUUCUCCCUGAUAGAUGAACCCCACAAACCUCCCAGUACAGAGACUUGAUAACGAAGGGGGUUCAAGUUGUUUAGAAAGAUACAGUUGUGAAUAUUUAUGCAUGAUUUUCUUUACCGCUGAGACCUCGCUCAAACUCCCCAACAAAGGAAACCAGAGCUUUGAGAUCUGGGUAGAAAGUCGAAUGAUUUAAAAGUAGAAAGAAAAGGGAUUUCUUUUAGCAUGUUAGCCUGGCCUGACCUGAUCUGGCCUACUUUAAACUGAUGCAAUAAAGUGCCGGGCUGUGUGCAAAUGCACAAUGAUCAAAAACGGUUGCCUUCUGCUAGCAUCUGAGGCCAGCUCAGGGAUGUAUUGUUGAUUUAACUGUAUUACUGAUUCAUGGGAGAUCACAUCUUCCAAGAUAUUCCUUUCUUAACUAGUACUUUUUAAUGGGGGUAAUACCACAGAUUGAUUCGUUUUCAGCUCAAAACCUCUGUCCACAGGCUGUUGAGAGGCCAUUGUAGAUGAUAAUUAGUGUUAUUGUGUGGAAUUGGCAUUGCGUCCUUUUUAGAACUAGUGCAGGGGAGCUUAAUCUUCAAGGACCCCUAAGAGUCCAAGUUUGUGAUUCAAAACCCUGUGAAAGUACAGUACAUAGAGCAGCAGUCAGAGCCCAUAUAAAAGGCUUUGCUUUUCCAGUUUACGGAUUCUGUGGUUCGUAAGAAAUCGUGGCUUCGUUAACAAGCCACAAAAGUCACGUAACUCCACGUCAGUCUGUCUUUCAUGUCACUAGUUAACUGCAGAGUUAGUCUCCUCCAGCUGCAUUAGAUGUAAUGCUACUGUAACUGUAGGGCUAUCCCGAUUCAAAAGGGUCUAACAGUCUGGACAACAUAAUUGCAUAAAAAAAAAAAAAUGUUUUAAUGAUUCUGCAUGUUUCAUUGUUCAAAUCACCCUUCUACUUAAAUUCUUGAACUGUCUUUUAAGUACAUGGGAAAGCUGGUAAGUGGCACCUGGCUUAAACAACAUGCAUUAUCAGGUGCUAUUUUAUAGGUUCGCCUCCAAUGCCACUCUUCAAGUACCUCUCACACAAGAUCUCUGCAGAUCAGGGCUUCAGGGAGAGGGUGAUAGUACAGCACUGCAGUUCAGAGCCCCGUGUUAAACAGCCCUUUGCUUUCGGUUUAUAGAAAGGAGAUUCAAUCUAGUUAAUGGAAAGAUGCUGAGAGGCAACUCAGUCGAAGCGUAACGCAUAGUAAUGUUAAGGGACUGCCAGUCUGGUGUGUGAUGUCUGGUUAAUUCAAAUUGAGGUUUAUUUUUAUUUUUUUCCAGCAGUAUGGCUUCUAUCUCUGUCUAGUUAUUCUAAUAGAAUCCAGGGAGAACAGCACUUUGUCAAGUAUUUGGAUCCCUAAAGAUAAAAUUCAGUCAGUGGAUCAUAAUCCUGUGCUGUCCAAGCAUUUCUGAAAAGCUACGACACAUAAUGCAUAUGAAAAAUUAUAAUACAGAGGGGGUGGCAGUAUCAUAUGUGAUACAGGAAUGGUCAUUAAAGGGUUAAAUAAACAUGAAACAGUUAAAUCGAUCAAUGGUUAAAAAAAAAAAAAACUGUAGUUCUGGAUAGAUUGAGAUAAACAGACAGGAGCGAUGCUGGACUCCUCCAAGGCAUUCAUUAUUCUCGCCUGGAGAAACCAACAGCUUGUAAAUAUGCCUGAACCUAAAAUAUUUGAUGACUGGUUAAAUUCAGCGUUGGUAUUAUACAUGUCACACCUGGCCCUUUGCUGGGUACCAGAUGGUCUACACUUCACUGUACUGGAGAACUGUUUGAACGUAAUUAAAUAUGAUUGUGCAUUA